ACCGAACUAAACAACCCAAACCAAAUAAACUCCACACCCAAAUCCAAACCCAAAUUCAAAAAAAAGUAACCCUCUUUUUUCCCUCUUUCGCUUUCUUCCCCCUAUCUUAUACCCUCAUAACCACAACUUCCAGACAGACCAGACUACCUCCUCUCAGCCAUUCAUGGCGAGGAAGAAUAAUAAUCGGAAGAGCCCAACGGUAGCUUCGGGGUCGAGGGGUUCUGGAACCGGUGCCGUUUCCCAGGCGUUGCGGCUGAGGCGCUGGAUAGAUAUUCAACUUAAGGAUGUGCUCGAGGAGAGGGCGAGGGGAAACUGGACAGAGGAAGAUGAACGUGAAUGGCGGAGGACGAAGCCCUAUGAGUGCGAAACGUGCAAUGAGAGGUCGUCCACGAGAUAUAAUAACAACAGACAUAAACUUAAUAAGCACUCUACGAAGAAAGUCCUGAACUGUACGUUUCCGGGAUGUAAAUUGGUGUUCACGAGACCUGAUAACCUCGCCAAACACCAGAAGAAGCAUCAUUCUGCGAGUCAGAAUGACCCAGAGGACGAGCCACGCGAUGAUGUGGAGAAGUUGACGUCUCAAUUCUGGAGGCGCUUCCCCAUUGCAGACGAUUUGCCUAAAAAGCCAGUGGAUGGGCUCAGGAUUUACUAUACUCCUGGGAAACUCCCUUUCUUACCUCCGGAGGUCAUUUCCCAUUAUGCGGAUUACUACUUUGCCCCCACGGCCUUUCAUCCGUUUCUCCCAUUGCUGCAUAAGCCCACCUUUCAACCCACAACCGUUUUGGCGAGCUUCCUCAGAAGUGUAUGCGCGCUUGGUGGGCGUUACGAUCCGACGAAUCAGACGCUUCGGGAGCAGCUGUGGGAGGCAGGGCUUCGUGUGAUGGAAAGGUGGAUUGAAAGGGGACCUGAUGAUGGAGGUGAUCUGGAGCCUCCCGCUAGCAUGAGCCCUCCUCCAUUGGUGAAAACCGAAAGUCCUCAGGCAAUGGUGCAUCCCCAUCCUCCUUCAUCCAGUGCUGGAGAUGGAGAUAGACAAUCUGUGAAGUAUGCCGAUCGGAGUCAGCGGGAGGGUACGCUCUGCGUGCUACAGGGUCUGCUAUUAUUUGCCUUUUAUGGGCUGUUCUCGGAGGAGAAAGAGAAGCAUAAGAAGGGUAGGGUUCUGCUUGCUAGAGCUAUUGCGAGGGACUAUGGGUACUUUAGUCCUGCCCCUGGGCACAUCCCCCAGGAACUUCCGCCCGAUCAACAAUGGAAGAUAUUCGUUGAGAGAGAGUCCAGGAAGAGGGUGGCAUUCACAAUUUACCUUGUGGAUUGCUAUGUGUCUUUUACAUUUGAAACCCCUCGGCUGCUCCGCCACACUGAGCUUAGGAAUCUCCCCCUGCCCUGCGACGCUCAAUUGUUUGAAGCCCCGACUGCCCAAGCAUGGAACCACAAGUAUUACACUAUGCGCAUCCACGGUUCUCGGAUGGUCCCCCCUCCCCUAUUCCUCAAGACCCUCCGCAUUCUGCUCAAUGGUAAUGGCCACCACGAACUCCUGGAUGCUGGCGGCCUUGGGAGCAAUUUUUCUGCAUUGAUUCUCGCGACAGCGAUCCAGAUGGAAAUCCUAGACUUGACUCGCAAGGUUGCUGAUGACAUAGACGCCCAAUACGAGACUGGGAUAUUGGCCCUGGAAGAAGGUGCCGCGUGGGAGGGUGUCGACGUCUUUGCCCCGGAGAGCCAGGAGGGUCUCGAGAAGUUACGAAUGGGCUUGACAACCCUGGGUCUAAUAUCCGGCAUCGGCAAUCUCUUCACUCCAUACGCCGAGCACCUCACCGUUUUCCCUCCAGUAACUACCUAUGCCUCUACCAGCCCCACUCUUUUGGCCUCUGCUCUCCAAGGUUGUGAGAAGGCAUUCUAUAUCCUCAUGCACCUUGCCCUCGUCCAACUCGUGAUCCCAGACCGCAUGGUCCUUCACAAAAAGGACGUCCCAAUGGAUCUCUACACGGCCCUCGCGUCCACGGUCCACGGCGCAAAGGCCCGCGUAGCAGCGAACAACCCUGCAACCCUCCAGCACUUCAUGCACGUCCUCGACCAAUCCAAUGUCCUUUCACACCUUCUCUCCCUCCUCCGCGUUCUCCUUGCCCCGCAAUCGGCUUAUGAUGAGAACGCCCGCAACACCGAAUUCCCCAUCGUUACAGUCCUAAUAUUUAAAGCGUUGAUGGUGGUCUGGGAGAUCAUCGUCCGCGUGGAGAACCCACCCUCUCCGCAGGAGGAAAUGUACCUCUGGCACGCGUACGGUCUUGACGGUAGCCCGAAUCAGGUCUUCACGCAAGACAUGGUUGUCAAGCCUGUUGACGCUUUCAGGUAUGAAUUGCUGGGAUUGCUGGUCCAGUGGGAGGUUAGGAAUGAGGAAACGGAGGGAUUAGAGAGCCUUGAGUGGAGGUACUUGAGAUGGAUGAAGGCGGUUUUCACCGAGAUGGAACAGUGGGGUGUUGGCGAGGGUGUAGUGCAAGCGCUAGAUUAUGGACUCUUUGGGUAGGUAUCAACCUCUAGAUUCGGUCAUCCUUGUUACUUUUUCCCCUUUAUCUUUGAUUUAUGGCCUUGACUGGUUAUCUGUUUAUCCUACGUUUGUCUUUGGUGUCUGGUGCGAUGAGUGUAAUGCGAACGGGAGAAGGGAGUCUAAUGAUUGAUGGGAACUCUUUCUCUCUCCUUUUUCUUCAGGAUAGUUGGGUGGAGGGAGAAGGAAAGUCUGGAACUUUUCUUUAUUUUGUCCUAAACUUUUUCCAACUGGUAUGCUUAUCUCAUUUUUCUUAUUCACCCAAGUUGGGAUUUACUGCUUUUCUCGUUAUUGUUUUUGUUUUUAUUAUUAUUGCAUGGAAACUAGAUUAGUGGUCUCCAGAGGGGCGGAGUAUAUGAGCAUUUCUGUGGGUUAGAAUUAAUUACAUAUGCACUUUUCGAUA